AAUUCCCCUCUCAAGUAUAACCCUAGCCCUUGCUGACCGUCUUCAUCUCUCUGUGACCAUUCUGAUACCGAAUAACCGAGCAAUUGACCUCUCUGGUAAUCUUUCGCGAGGUCAUUGCUGUAACCAUCGAAUGCGAUAUGGCAGGUGGUUCAGGUGUCGCCGAACCAGCUACUUUGUCCUGUGCCAGUUGCGGCAAGCCUGCCCAUCUUCAGUGUCCAAAAUGUGUACAAUUAAAGCUCCCUCGUGAAGCUGCUGCUUUCUGCACUCAGGAGUGUUUUAAGGCUUCUUGGAACUUUCAUAAACCCGUGCAUCUAAAAGCCAAGUCGUCCGAAUCUGGGACAGAUACUCCAGAUAAUGAAGGCUGGCUAUAUUGCUUGAAGAAAGGACAAACUCGAACAGCUAAGCUUCCCUAUUUUGAUUGGACUGGGGCACUGAGGCCGUAUCCUAUAUCUAGUAAGCGUAUCGUACCUGCUCACAUUGAUCUACCUGACUGGGCAGCUGAUGGGAUUCCAAAAGUUGAGCCCAAUAGUGAUCUGCAGCAUGUUGUCGAGAUCAAGACAGUGGAUCAAAUUGAGAGAAUGCGAGAAACUUGUCGAAUUGCGAGGGAGGUUUUGGAUGCAGCUGCUUCUGUAAUACGGCCUGGUAUCACAACGGAUGAAAUUGAUCAGGUGGUCCAUGAGGCUACUAUAGCUGCUGGUGGAUAUCCAUCUCCCCUAAAUUAUAAUUUUUUCCCCAAGUCUUGCUGCACGUCAGUCAAUGAAGUAAUUUGCCAUGGGAUUCCUGAUGCCAGGAAAUUAGAGGAUGGUGAUAUCGUCAAUGUUGAUGUGACUGUGUAUUACAAAGGCGUCCAUGGUGAUCUAAAUGAAACGUACUUUGUGGGAAAUGUUGAUGAAGAGUCUCAACGGCUAGUCAAAUCUACUUACGAGUGCUUGGAGAAAGCAAUUUCCAUUGUAAAACCUGGAAUGCGAUUUCGUGAAGUUGGUGAAGUCAUUAAUCGCCAUGCAACUAUGUCGGGGUUCUCUGUGGUGAAAUCAUAUUGUGGUCAUGGUAUUGGAGAGCUUUUUCAUUGUGCACCAAAUAUUCCCCAUUACGGAAGAAAUAAGGCAGUUGGUGUAAUGAAAGCUGGACAGACCUUUUCAAUUGAACCCAUGAUAAAUGCAGGGGUUUGGCGUGAUCGUAUGUGGCCCGAUGCAUGGACAGCUGUUACAUCAGAUGGAAAGCGCAGUGCACAGUUUGAGCACACACUUCUGGUGACAGAGACUGGAGUUGAAGUUCUUACAGCUCGGUUGCCUUCAUCACCCAAAGUGUUCCCUUGGUUAAAUGUUUAAUGACUGCGUACGUCUUGGUUUAUUGAAAGGGGAGAACAGACACAAGGAUGCCAUUCAUGGUAAUCAUACAUUAUAAACAGGAGAAGAUUAAACAUUUGAUAAUGUUAAUUUCCAUUGCCUCUUCUGCCGGGUCACGAUAACAUGUUUGUAAUUGGUUAAUGUAGUUAUUAAAGAUUGAGUUUUGGUUAAAGAGCGAGAGUUUGUUUUGGACGUUUUAGAAGAGUUGUAUGAAUCAUUCAUAAACUAUGGUCAUUGUAAUAGAAUCGGAUCAUGUAAGUCAUGAUGCCCAACAGCUACUGUGCUUUGAUAGAGUUUUGAAAACAAUGAACAUUUAAAUUUGAUUAGAGUUUUUGCAUGAAA